AUGGUUGCUCAAUCCGUCAACAUCCAAAAGCAACGUUACGCCCACGAGCUUGCGGAAUAUACCAUGAAGCAGUACGACAUGGCGCGCAGGUCCGCCGAGCAAGGACGCCCGCCGAGCGCAUCCGUACCUGAAGAACAGAUUAAGUCUCCCAAUGGUCGCGACGGCAGUAGAUUACGGUCGCUCGCGAAGACGGUGAAAUGGCGAGUGAAGCCCUCACAAUCCGAAUGA